AUGGAGGCCGCGGCGCAGCUGACGCCUGGCGGGGUGAGGACGAUCGCGGACGGGGCGAUGCCGGCGGAGAUCCAGCCGGUGCUGCAGGUGCUCGAGGUGCGCCAGGUCCGCUCCCCCAAGAGCGCCGGCGCCGCCAGCGCCAACCCCAACCUCUCGGAGCGUUACCUCGUGAUGCUCUCCGACGGCGUCAACACGCAUCAGUCCAUGCUCACCACCGCAUUCAGCCCUGCCGUCAGGGACGGCGCCCUCCGGGUGGGCACCGUCGUCCAGCUCAACGAGUUCAUUUGCAACACCAUCCAGGGUAAAAGGAUCAUCAUUGUUUUGAAACUUGAAAUUCUGCAAACUGAAUGUGCCAUAAUUGGGAGCCCCAAAAACUAUGUAGCACAAAGUCUAGAGAAGGUACAAGAUCCCGACUUAUCGGCCAUUGCUGCUCAAAAGAACAGUGGAAUCUAUUCCGGUGUCCCAGGCAUGCAGGGUUCUUCUGUUGCUCCAAGGGUAGAGCAGGCUUCUAACAAUCUAUCAUAUGGUGUACCCCAUAAUGGUGCUCAAGGCAUUGGCCUGACAGUAGAACCUGAUCAUAACAAUGGCCAGAUUCUAGUACCUGAUCAUAACAAUAUGUUCACUGGAGGCUUUUAUGGUACAGUAUCAGCACUAAACACUGUAAAUGCAAGUAUGGUGGAACCACGGUCUCAGGAGCCUUCACUGAGAUCUCAUCACAACCAACAAUUUGCUGCCAGUGACACCGGUGAGGCCUUCACCUCUCCUGGCAACACAUACAAGCACCCAGAACAGCCUUCAUAUCAGCAGCCACCUCCAGUGUAUAUCAAUAGAGCCCCUGUUGCUAGGAAUGAAUCAACAUCCCAUGUUGUCCCAAUUAUGGCAUUGAAUCUGUACCAGACUAGGUGGACAAUUAAGGCUCGGGUGACUGCUAAGACUGAUGUCAAGCAUUGGAACAAUGCCAAUGGUACAGGAAAACUUUUCUCAUUUGAUCUCCUUGAUGGAGAAGGUGGGGAAAUUCGCGCAAUUUGCUUCAAAGAAGCAGUUGAUCAGUUUUAUGACCUGAUUGAGGUUGAUAAGGUGUACUUGAUAUCAAGAGGAGCUGUGAGACAUGCACAGAAGCAGUUUAAUGCUUUGAAUAAUGAUCAUGAAAUUAUUCUGGACGCUUCAACCUCACAUGUAGAGAUUUGUUCUAAUGAUGAUUACAGCAUUCCUAGAGUGCAGUACAAUUUCCGGCAGAUCAGUGAAAUAGAGAACAUGGAUAAUCAAAUCGUGGUAGAUUUACUUGGUGUUGUUACAUCAGCUAAGCACCCUUUGGCUGAAGCCCAGAAAAGAACCCUUCAACUCAGGGACAUGUCUGGUAGGAGUGUGGAAGUGACCUUAUGGGGCAACUUCUUUGAUAUUGAAGGUCAGCAGCUGCAGUUGCAGUGUGAUUCUGGUUUGAAUCCUAUACUUGCUUUGAUAGGUGCCCGCAUCAGUAAUUUUAACGGCAGAUCGGUUAGUACAAUCAGUUCAACCCAGUUAAAAAUAGACCCAGACUUUCCUGAUGCUGAAAGGCUGAGGCGGUGGUACAUACUAACUGAAGGAAAUAACACUGCUUGUGUUUCACUAUCCCGGGAACAAUUUAAUUCAGUCCAGGCUGACCGCAAAACAAUUGCACAAAUCAGGGAAGAAAACUUGGGACGCGAUAAGACAGACUGGGUCACUGUUAAGGCUGCAAUCUCACAUGUAUAUAGUGACAGUUUUUGUUAUCCAGCAUGCCCCUUGAUUUUUAAUGAGAAGCCAUGCAACAAAAAGGUCAUAGAAAGUGGUGAUGGGAUGUGGUUUUGUGAGAAAUGUGAUAAGAGUUUUGGAAACUGUGAGUACAGGUACGCGGUUAAGUUUCAAAUCCAAGAUCACACUGGCACAAUCUGUGUUACCGCAUUCCAGGAGGCUGGUGAACAGAUAUUUGGCUGCACAGCACAAGAACUUCGCACAGCAAGAAAUAUUGACCAGGAUGAUGCCCCAUUCACAGAGAUCAUAGAAGGGGCCCGUUGGCAUCUAAAUCUAUUCAAGUUGAGUGUCAGAGAGGAAAGCUUCAAUGAUGAGCCACUUAUGCAAUGUAAACUUGUUAAUGCUGAAAAAUUGGACCCAUCCAAAGAGAGCAGCAUCCUUUCUAAAACCAUUGACAGCCUUUUACAGGGCAGAUCAGGCCCAAGACCAGGAGACCAAGGCAACAUAGCUGUAAACACUGGCUUCUGCAAUUCGCCAGGUGGUCACAAUGUGCUUACAUCCAGUAAUGUCUGUGGCAUGAAUAUGGGUGGCAUAAAUCAGUUUGGGCAGCAAGGAAGCAUAGGCUGCGAGAUGUCUACUCCAUCGACAGGUAUGGAUAGGCAGCAACAACUGGGAAGUGGAGGCUUCAUAGGCAACAACCAUGGCUCUGCUGGUAGCAAGGUUAGAUCGGAUAUGUGUUUCAAGUGUAAUAAGCCUGUGCACUAUUUUAGAGACUGCCUAGAGAAGGCUAUUGCCUCCCAGCACUAGGCAUAUGGCAAUGGUGCUGUAUCAGGAGGCAACUAUGGCUCUUCUGCUGCUGGCAACGGCAGGCUGGGUUCUUGCUUCAAGUGCAAGCAGCCUGGGCACUGGGCUGCGGACUGUCCUGGGCGCUAAUAGAGUAUUUUACCAAUCAAAAGUGAUGUAUUAUGAUGCUACUC